AUGAAGAUCCGCCAGUGCAUCUCAUUGCUCUGGAGCCGUGGCCUGCGAACCAGCGCGAGAUUUCAGAAACAGCGGCCAUCUUACGAUCGAAACAUUCGCCCUCAGCUUCCAUAUAUCUACCCUAGCGGUCGCGUUUUAAUGUCUCAAGAAGAAUCCGUGGCGAGAGAAUCAUUCAACCUCCUUACCUCGACCGCUUAUGACAUUCAGCAACUGUUCGACCGUUCCGAACUCACUGCGGAGUCGCUAGUAGAGCAAGUCUUAGAUCAGGUCGACAGGCAUAAUGGAAACGGCCUUGAUUUGAGAGCCUUGAUUUCUGUCGCUCCCAGGCAGAAACUCCUAGAGCGAGCGCAGCUUCUCGACCAAGAACGUGCCGACAGAAAGACUCGAAGCCCGCUUCAUGGUAUCCCAUUCAUCGUAAAAGAUGCAAUCGCGACCGAUCCCAAGCUAGGCAUGGACACAACGGCUGGAAGCUGGGCUCUUGUCGACUCAGCCACCUGGAAACGCUCCUGCAGUACAAAAGGUUCUGCCGUCGGUGUCUCUGCUGGGUUCGGCAUCGUGUCUCUCGGUGUCGAAACCGACGGAUCUAUCGUAUCCCCAGCCUCCCGUGCCGCGCUCUAUGCUAUGAAGCCAACCAUUGGAACUGUCUCCAUGGAUGGAGUAGUUCCAGUGACAAAGAGCCUAGACUCUGUCGGUGCCAUGGCCAGGUCCCCAGUCGACCUCGCCGUGGUAAUGGAGAUGUCGCAAGCGAAGGGACCAGGUUACGGCGGAGGACUUUCACAGCUCAUGACACAAAAAUGGGACGGGCUAAGGAUUGGAUUUAGAAAAGAAUACCACUCCGUAAUGGAUAUUCUAUCUGAUGCCGGUAUCCAUGUCGAGUAUCCGGUCGCGCUUCCUCUCGGUGAAAAGGUUUGGCCUGAAAUUGGAGACAUCAUGUCCUUCGAGUUUCAGCCAGCUUUCAAUCACUAUCUUGAAACUCUAGUGUUGUCUCCAGUUAGGAACCUGAAGGAACUUGUCGAGUGGAAUCGCCAGCACACCGACACAGAACUCCCCAAAGAGCAUCCAUCACAGUCAUACCUCGAAAACGCGUUAAAGUGCAAAAUCUCCGCCACCGAAAAUGCCAACACCCUGGCCUCCCUUCGCAAGAUUGCCGGGCCUGACGGUAUCGAUAAAGUCCUCAACCUGUUUGAGCUUGAUGCCGUCGCGGCAUUAGCUGACAGUCCUAUAUCGAGCGUUGCUUCUGCAGCUGGCUAUCCCGUGGCCACGAUGCCUCUAGGCGUUUUGGACGUAAAUGGGCGACCAUUUGGUAUCAGCAUGACUGCUAGCAAGCAUCAAGAGAAGAAACUAUUUCAGAUCAUGAGUGCCUGGGAGGCUCUCAUAUCUCGGCAGCCGCCGCCUGCUUUGGUGGAGGAAUUAAAUCAGGCACUGCGGUAA